UAUGGAACUGAUGAAACAAAUCAGUCAUUGUUACCCAAAUAACAAUGCUUCAUGUUUUAGAAUUCUUCUGGAAACCAAGGCCUAUGUCAGUCUUUAUAUUUUUUCUGGAAUAGUAAUUAUACUUACAAUAUUUGGAAAUCUUUUUGUGAUCAUUUCUAUUUGUCAUUUUAAACAGCUGCAUACUCCAACUAACAUUCUUAUACUUUCAUUGGCUGUUGUUGAUUUUUUGAUUGGGUUGCUUGUAAUGCCUUUCAAAUUUUCAAAUUAUAUUGAGUAUUGCUGGUAUUUUGGUGACAUGAUGUGCUCUUUUCAUUAUGGAUUUUAUUUGCUCUUAACCUCUGCUUCAGUUAGCAACCUGGUCUUCAUUUCAUUGGAUCGCUAUCUGGCUGUAUGUAACCCUUUCUUUUAUAAUGCUAAAGUAACAGUACCUAGAAUAUUAUUUUGUAUUUCAUUAGGUUGGUUGUUAUCUCUUUUGUACAUAUUAAUAUAUAUGAAAAGUGAAGGAAACUCCAUUGUCACAGACUGUGUAGGUGCUUGUACAUUUGAUUCCAUUGCUGCAUGGAAUUUAAUAGAUUUUAUGUUUACAUUUAUGCUGCCUUUUUCUUUAAUAUCGUGUUUAUAUACAAGAAUAUUUAUGGUAGCAAGUCGACAUGCUAGAGCUAUCAAUUCAGUAAUACACAAAACAGAAUCAACACAAAGCAGAAAAAGCAAAAUAUCCAAAUCUGAGAAAAAAGCAGCAAAGACAUUAGGAAUAGCAGUGUUUACAUUUAUGAUAUGCUGGUUACCCCAGCUUCUGAUGAGUGUUUGCUAUCAGUAUGUGCCUCUUACAAUUAGUUUUUUAAAUAAUCUUUAUUACGGAUUUAGCUUGGUUAGUCUAAUAAAUUCUGGUUUGAAUCCUAUUAUUUAUGCUUUGUUUCAUCCUUGCUUUAGAAAAUCAUUUAAGAUUAUGUUAACUUUAAAAAUAUUUAAUCAAGGUUCUUCAAUCACAACUUUUUACCCAAAUGAUUCACAUUAA